UUAUCAUUGUAGCCUAUACGUUUAACUAGGCUUGUCCCUGGCAUAAUUUAAAUAGCCUAAUAAUAAUUAAAAAUGUCUGAGGCUUCGAUAUGCAUGCACGUCUAAACAUGUUGGACCAUAACUGAUGGCGCAAGAUUGUGGAUUGUGGACAUCACUGCCAUUCUGUUCCCCAAUUUUUUCAAAGUGGCUCCUCAUCCAGGUCUGAGUGAAAACUCAUACAACAGCCAUCCGCACUAAGGUUCGCUUUGAAGUUGGGUCAUUUUUCCGUUUAAGGAUCCCUCUUCUCACAGUCUGAGCGUCAUGGGGACCAGUGGUUAUGGGUACUACCGUGCCACCAUUUUUUCCUCAAUGUUUGUGGGAUACGCUUUGUACUACUUUAGCAGAAAAACAUUCUCUUUUGUGAUGCCCUCAGUUAUGGAGGAGAUUGAGCUUGACAAAGAUGACCUUGGUUUAAUCACCAGCAGCCAGACAUUGGCCUAUGCAAUCAGCAAAUUCAUCAGUGGAGUUCUUUCUGACAAAAUAAGUGCCCGCUGGCUUUUCUCAAUUGGACUAAUCAUAGUUGGAGUAAUCAAUGUGUUUUUUUCAUGGUCCUCCACAGUAGCUGUCUUUACAGUACUCUGGUUUGUGAAUGGCCUUGGCCAAGGAUUUGGUUGGCCACCAUGUGGAAAAGUACUUCGGAAGUGGUUUGAGCCAUCUCAGUUUGGAACAUGGUGGGCUGUUCUGUCCUGCAGUAUGAAUCUGGCUGGGGGAGUGGGCCCUAUCAUCACCACCGUGUUGCUUCAAUACUACAACUGGCGGGUGGUUCUUGUUAUGUCUGGUGUAAUCUGCAUGGGCGUUGCUGUCCUUUGUCUUCUGUUUGUGAAGAAUGAGCCAAGUGAUGUGGGUCUUCCAAACAUUGAGCCCGGUGCCAAGAAAGGCAAAAGAGGUACUCCUAUUGAUGAGAGCACCCUCAAACAAUUUCUUAUGUCGCCCUAUCUGUGGGUUUUAUCCUUGGGUUACUUGGUCGUAUUUGGUGCGAAGAUAGCCUGCACUGACUGGGGACAGCUCUUCCUCAUCCAAGAAAAAGGACAGUCAGUACUGAUGGGAAGUUCUUAUAUGAGUGCCCUGGAGGUGGGUGGAUUUAUUGGCAGCCUUGCUGCUGGUUUUCUGUCUGACAGAGCUGUUGCCCGGUAUGGACUGAGUGUGUAUGGUAGUCCUAGACAUGGUCUUUUGCUCUCAAUGAUGACUGGGAUGUGUGUAUCCAUGUACCUCUUCCGAGUGACAAUCACACCAGAGGCCCCCAAAGAUGAUGUUCUCUGGGUUGUGGCUCUUCAUCCCAUUUCUGUUCUCAUCGGUCUCUCUGAAAAAGAGAUUUGGAUACUUAUACUUGGAGCUGCCGUUGGAUUUUCUUCUUAUGGACCAAUUGCCCUAUUUGGAGUGAUUGCAAGUGAAUCUGCACCAUCAAAUUUCUGUGGAACUUCACAUGCUAUUGUGGCUUUGAUGGCGAAUGUUGGAGCAUUCUUGGCUGGUCUUCCAUUUAGCACUAUUGCUAAACACUAUGACUGGGACACAGCAUUCUGGGUUGCAGAAAUCACUUGUGCUGUGACAACUGUAUGCUUCUUCCUUGUUCGCAAUAUGCAAACAAAAAUGGGACAUGUAGUCAAAAAACAGGAUUAAUUCUCACAUUGACAACCUUUACAACAAAUGCAACCCUCAUGUUAAACAAUUUAACAAGUGAGUGGGCCAAGUAUUGAUUCAUGCAACUGAAAGGGUAUGUGGGGCGGCUAGUAUGACCAUAACAUCUAUGUGGAAAUAGCUAAGUUUACAGAUAUUUAGUUUUUAUAGUACCAAUAUUGUACCCCAUUUACAGAAUAAAUCCAUGUAGUUAACUAUUGCCCCCUCAGGUAAAACACAGCAAUGCAUUUUUCUCCUUUUACCAGGCUUUUUCCAUACAUUUCAGUUGCAUGAAAAUGGCACAAAAAUACAAACACGCCUUGUUAUAUGAAGAGCUCUUUUCCAAAACGCAGUAUCAUAUCAUUUAAUGCAUUUUCAGUAGAACUGUAAUUGGGUUAUUGUUAUUUGACUUAUAUUUACUCAAUCAAAACUACACAAAGCACUUUUAUUGAUAUUACCUGAAAAACACAAUUAAAGGUGAACUAUGCAAGGUUUUUUUUAGCUUAAUUUACCUUAACUGAUCAGCUUUGGAAUCAUUGGAAUGGUUAUUUGACUUAUUCCGGGUUGAAUGAUGGCUGUCUCGCUUCCCCUAGCGCCUGUGAGCGGAAAAAACACGCUUGCAAGUUUGUGCCACCGGGCUGGUGCACUGACAAGCAGAAAGUCGCGCAGCUCUUGCUCUUGAAAAGGCAGACUGACCGAUUGGGGAGUGCGGGAAGCUCUGCAAAGAAACCUGAAAGCGUAAAACAAGAAAACGGCGAAGAAAUCACAAAACCUGCAUAGUUCCUCUUUAAAUAACACAACUUAUAUUAUUACUGUUUUCUAAAACAGACUUAUAGCAUUUUGGAGAAGAGUUCUUCAUAUCUAUUAUUAUCAUGGCCAUUAGUUUUGGAGACUUCACAUUUUGGGACAACAUUAACAAUGAAUUAUAUUUCUAGAAAGAAAAUACUUAUUGCAUGUUUUUUUUUUCUUCAGAAACUAGGGACUUCUAUUAAAACCAUUUAGACUGUAGUUCAAGCUUUUGAUGGUUGGAUCUUACUGACAACAUGGUUGUAAUCCAUUCUACAAAGUUUGGCAGGCUAGGAAUAAUACUUUUUAAGAUGAAUGUCUGAACAUGGCCUCCAAGAUCCAAGAUAAAGUCCCUUUAGAGAGUGUAAACAAUGAAGGGCAAAAAUACUAUGAAAACAAUAGAAUUAAACAAAAAUAUUGUAAAAGUUUUAGUUAUGGAACCUACACAUUGUGUAGACAAACUUGGUGAAAAUUGGAGUUGGUGCUGCAGCCAUUUUCCUGGAUUUUGUCAGAUUUCACAUAGAACGACUCAUGUAAAAGCAUUGUAUAGACUGAUGGGUGCUAUCAGUGAUUACAUUUGUCAUACUAAUCGUUUGACUAAAAACAUUGAGAUGUUUUUUUUUUCUUUCACACAAUGAAACAUUUAAUGGCAUUGGUAGGCUACUAGAGAAUAUAGCCCUACUGGAAAUAAGGCCCAUAUUUAUUAGAAAAAUAAAGUUCCAUUUGACUACA